AAGUACGUCAUCAGUGACAACAUGGCGCUCAAAAGCGGUGCUAGUUUUGUGAGACUCAACGCUCUUCGGCAAACAGUGCGGUUGCUGUCAACUCACACCAGACCAGAAGUGCAAAAUGGCGGGAAAACUGCAGACUUUCCUGGGGCGAAAGCUCCCUACGUGACGCAAAUGAAGUUUCUGAACAAAAACAGCUACGACCCCAUCCCUAUCUACCGAGUGAUGGAAACCAACGGCGAAAUUAUCGAUAAACAUGAAGAGCCCAGUAUCGAUAAUGAGAAACUUGUUGAAAUGUUAAAGGUCAUGAUCCAGCAGAAUCAGAUGGAUAAGAUCUUAUAUGAGUCCCAGAGACAAGGUCGUAUCUCCUUCUAUAUGACCAACUACGGCGAAGAGGGUGUGCACCUUGGCAGCUCCGCCGCCCUGUCUCCUCAAGACCUGGUCUUUGCACAGUACCGCGAGCUGGGAGUGAUACUUCACCGUGGCAUGACCGUGUCAGAGCUGAUCAACCAGUGCUACGGCAAUUGCGAGGACCCCGGCAGAGGGCGUCAGAUGCCAGUGCACUAUGGAAGCAGCCAGAGGAACAUUGUCACCCUCUCCAGUCCAUUAGCAACCCAGAUGCCCCAAGCCGUAGGCGCGGCGUAUGCCUUCAAGCGACAGCCGAACAACGACCGCGUCGUCAUCUGCUACUUCGGCGAGGGCGCAGCUUCCGAAGGCGACGCGCACGCAGCCUUCAACUUCGCUGCCACGCUGGAUUGCCCUGUCAUUUUCCUAUGCAGAAACAAUGGUUACGCGAUCUCCACGCCCAGCAGCGAGCAGUACCGCGGAGACGGCAUCGGCGCCCGAGGCCCGGCGCUCGGGCUCCACACUAUCCGAGUGGACGGCACCGACACUCUAGCAGUUUACAACGCCGUGUCGAGUGCCAGGCAACUUGCGCUGCAGAAUAAACCGGUGCUCAUUGAGGCUAUGUGUUACCGAGUUGGUCAUCACUCUACGUCUGAUGAUAGCAGUGCUUACCGACCAUUGGAAGAAAUAGACAAAUGGAACAAAGAUGAGGAGCCAAUAAGCAAAUUUAGAGCAUAUCUUGAACGCAAAGGUUUAUGGGACGAAGAGGCUGACAAGGCAUUCCAGAAGGAAGCCAGGAGCACGGUGCUGAAGACGAUGCAAGAAGCUGAAAAGAAGAAGAAACCCCACUGGAAAGAAAUGCUGGAAGACGUUUAUUAUGAAAUGCCAGAACACCUCCAAAAACAAAUGAAGGAAAUGGAGAACCACUUAAAGAAAUACGGAGAACAUUAUCAACUUAAUCAAUAUCAAAGCGAAUAGGUGCAAAUUUUAAAUUUUAAUAAAUUAUGAA